AUGGUUCGGAGAAGCCGCAGUUUUUCCGAAACGUGUGAUUUGACGCUGAGAAGGUUGCCAACAGAUUAUAACAACUGAAAAAAAAGUAUUUUCAGGUUUAUGAACCCACAGAGGUCGAUCUCACCAGCCGAUCUAAUGAGAGAUCGUGGUCUGAAAGGUAAAAUAUGAUCAUAUGACAAAUUUAACACGUUUUUAAGAUUGUCAAGUCGCCUCUGUGCGCUCAAACUGACCACGGAACAAGUUUCAAAUUGAAUGGGUCGAGGAACAACGAGAUAAAGUGGAUUCAGGCGGGAAACGACAGCGUCCGAAUCUUCAUCGAUGUAAGCUUUUCUUUUUUAAAACAUGGAGAACUAUCAAACUGGCUAGGUUUCCACCUAUUUUCAUGAUUUUCCAGUGAAAUUUUCGAGUCGCGGCUUGUCGCUCAACGGUUUUGGCAAAUGCUCUCAUGUAGGAGAGACACUGAAAACUUUGCCACGAUGACGUGUUUCAAUCCAGCGACGAUUUGAUAUUCAUACCGGUAUUUGAAUCACAUUUUUCUGAUUGAAAUAUUUGUAUUUACAAGGCAUCGACAUGAAGAACAUCGUCAAAAUUGCAAGGUCGAACAAAGGGGCAAAAUCAAGAAAGGUCUGAGUUGGCGCCGCCUGAGAAACUUUGAGCAAUACGAGUUCUUUUUUUUAUUUCAGGUGUUUGCUCUGGGUGAGGUUUUUCUUCUUUUCUUUGUCGAAUAAAGUCUAAUAUUCAUUGUCGUAUAUAAGAUUUUCAGUGAAAUAUUGAGAACAAAGAGGUUUGAAGCAUGGAAACUUGCCAGUUACAUUCUUUCAAACAGAAAGCUCAAGGAAAGGCAAACCAAAACAUGAAAUCUACCAAUAAUGAAAGCUACUGAUCAGAAUAGAACCGAGAAAUGAGUGAAAAGCUCAUAAAUUUUUCAACAAAGAUAUUGUUGUGUGUGAGUUGCCACAGGUUUGAAAUGAGAAAAAGGUAAGUUAGGGCAAUAAAAAUCUUCAUACAGCACACAAACACGGAACAACAGAUUAUAUCAACCACAAAAAAAUAUCAAAAAGUGGGAAAUAAGUUUAAAAAAAGAGAUCCAAGACUUUUCAGCGACAAGGGCAUUUGCUCGUUAGACAGCUCUUUUCAGAACAGUCUUAUGAAUCGCAAACUGUUUAUGAGGAUUCGCAUGAAAGUUUGAACAAAUAAAGAAAGACUCUUGUUUGGAAAUUGGCAAUCUCAAAUGAGUCAGAGUCGGAAGAAUCGCCUACGAGACACAGAUGAAUCGUUUUCUUUUCAUGAAAUGCACAAUUUAUAUUGGCACUUUUAUCCCAGAUCGCUUCUUCGAUUUGGCGAUCGUUAUAAAAGCCAAGAAGAAUGAUAGAAGCAGAUCCCUAAACAUGUUUUCUUUUCUUCUUGCCAAUACUUAACGCAAAAGCUCGGUUUUUUUCAUGGGAAGCUGAGCUUUUUUUGAGACUGUCCCUCAGUUCAUUUCUCUUUUGCUAUCUGUCAUUCAACUAGAACGAGAUUCAGUUUUAUACCAUAAAAUAACUUUGCUUAGGUUUUUUUCAGAGCAACGGAAAUUGAGAAAAGCUCAAAUUCACUCAGUCUCCGGCAAGUUCAGGCGUCUCAGAACGGGAAUUCUUGUUUCAUCGAGAAGAACAAUUAUUUGCGGACGUACUAAGCCGCCAUAACUUUUGUACUGAAACAAAAAAGACAGCUCUGAAGAACAUCUAAGCAAAGUUCCAUGAAAGUCAGGAUCUGGACGUAAUUAUAUUAUUCUUAUACUUUCACAAGUCGUGCAAACUGUUGGAAACUCUGGCGAUUCAGUCUAGUCGUUUAUUCUCUUGUUGCAAUCAACAAGAAAGAAAAUCACCAAGCUCGAAGUUUUCACAGUUUGUUAGACUCCUAUGUCUCUUCUCUCUUCAGAAUAAAAUUUUCAUCUAUCUCCGAUGUUUCUCUGUCUUUUCGUGGAAUAUGUUCGUUAAAAAGUAUUUGAAAAUUUCUGAUAUAAAUGAACUUCUGUUUCAGGAAAAGCUCCACAACUCAACAUGUGCGACUCCGGCAGCCCUCUUGUGAAAGGAAUCUUGAAGAAGCCAAAAGAGGAUCACACAAUUUAUAUCCAUGAAGAUGCGUGGCUUCUUGUGAGUUUUCAUAAUAAACAAAAGUAGCACUUGGAAGUCACCUUCUCUAGAAAUAGAAAUAAGCUUCUGGUUGCUUAUUAUAAAAUGAUUCUUUUUCAGCCCGAGCACGACAACGAACCCGUGUAUGACCCCAGAGACACCAGCGUGCGUUUUUUCUAAAUACAUUUUUUUCUCUAGAGAAAAUUAUCAGGCUAAGUCACUAUUUUUUUUCAGUUCGAGAGCUAUGACCCCCGCGAUGCCCCGGCAACUUGGCGAAUGAAGGUAACAAUUUCUCUCAGAAAAAAACAUUGACGCCUUUUUUUCAGUACUGGAACUUUAAGCGACACCUGGCUAUUUUGUUCCAGAAGAAAAGAGCUCCAUACGUUGAGGUAAGAAGGCAAUACAGUUUGAAUAAUCAUGAACUUUCAGAACGAUUACACUGAAAUCUUGUUCCAACGAGUUGCGGAAAACAAAGAUUUUGAGAGUACUCCGUUCUCGGUGAGUCAGCUUUCAAAAAAUGAAUGAUAAUUUUUUUGACACGAGAGUUGAGUCCGAUAAAAUGUUGAACAUAUACUUUUUGUUCAACUACCAAGUCUCUGACAAAAGAAUUAAAAGUUCUUAAGACUCGAACAUUAAUCUAUUAGAGCCAAACUUUUCAUUGCACUCAGAACUUCGUUUUUUUCAGAUCCAUUCGUCGCCGAACAACCGGACUUCUCCAGUCAAAGUAAGAAGAAGAAAUGAAGUUUUUUUAAAUACAAGCAAAAUUUUAGGUGUGGAGUCUCGAGUCGUCUCCUCGUCUUGUUUGCGGAACAGAUUUUUUUAUCCACAAAAAGACGUGAGUUUCAGAUCAAUAUGAAGACUUCUUUUUUCCAAAAAAAUCCAAUUGAUUGACAUUUAAACAAGAACUUCAGGCUGUCAUGGCCGGAAUAGACGUCGAAAGGCACACUGUGGUGCAAUUCCAUCCGGAGCGUCGAUGCGUUACUUUUUGAUGUUCGGAGUUUGAUAAUUUCAUCUUUUAACAAAAUUUUUCCAGGUGGAUUCUGCGCCGGAAGCGAUUGGUUGGGCUGUUGAGUCAUCCGCAAUUUCUUCCGACGGGCUUCUCUCGACAUGGGAUUCCACUUUGGAGGCUUUCAGCCGGGACUUGAUCCCCGGACGCCUCCAUUUUUUUCUCGACUCCUUGUUCUUCGUCUGUGAUCAAGGUUAGUUGAGCUCUUUCAUUGCCAAAAAAACUUCAAAAACUGAGGCAACACAUUCUAUUUUUUUACGUGAUUUGAUUUGAAAUCCGUUUUUUUGUCACAGUAACUGAAUUUUUUUCAGGACGACUGGCAGGAAGGAACGCCUAUCCGUGCUCUCGAAUGGUCGACGACGUCUUUCCGAUGGCCUGCUGUCGUCAACGGAUCCCACCUUGGAGGCUAUCAGCCGGGACUUGAUCCCCGGACGCCUCAAUCGUCUUCUACACGUUGUUCUCUUGAUUUGGAGACCACGUCUUCCAACGGAUUGUUGUCGACACUGACGUCUACUCUGUGCACAACGUCUUCCGGUCUUCUCUUUUCGAGUCCAUCUCUGACAAGAAGUCUUUCGUCUUCUCGCCUUUCUCUCAGGGUGAGUCAUAUUUGAACUCAUUUUCACUUUCUCUGAGAAUGGAAGACAUUCUCACGCAUUCUAGCACGUUUUCCAGAACUUCCAUGUCCGUGGGGACCGAGAAAACGCCAAGAAUAUGAUCACCUCCAUGUGCGAACGAUCGUCCAGUGAACAACUUCUUGUAAGAAGAAUGAAUAAUAAGGUAACUUUUUUGCGAAAUUGAACGAGAUUACGAAGAACGAUUUUUUUCAGUUCAAGGAGCUGAUGUCCGAAGCUUCGGAUGAGUCGCCGGAAUACAACGAGAGUAUCACGACCAACGCUGCCAGCGACCAUUCAGUCCUGAUCCCCAACUUCUCUGGAUUGAGAAACGCGGUACAUUUUUUCUGAUAAUUUAUUUGAUCAUUUCUUCUUGACAAGGUGUCAUGCAAAUACGAAAAAAAUUACAAAAAAGUUUUUGGUUGUAUGGGCUAAUUUCGUGUGAGAAAGUUGGGCUGAUAAUGUUUGGGAAAAAUCUUUCAUACUUUCCGCUCAAUCCUCUUGAAGUACGAGCAUGACAUUUCUAUGAAAAAUAGGCGAUUUUUCAACCGAAAUUCUCACCUAGUACCUAUUUCAGAUCUCCACUGGAUCCUUCGAGGUCGUCGCCACGUUCGAAGCCGCAUCCGAAUCUUUCUCCAGGUAAGCUUAUUCAGCCUUAGUGAAAAAAACUAUUUGGAUUUCAGAAUGGAUGUGUAUGCGAGCGUCGAGGAAAGCCUCGAAAUGUUGGGCGACGUCAAAUCGGCGGCUAUCAAAGAAGGCAUCCGUGUGACGGGGUUUGUCAGAAACAGAAAAAUUCAGCAAAAAGAUAUUUUCAGAUUUGUGAGCUGUGCCAUUGGCUGUCCCUGCGAAGGUAAAGUUUUGCCUGCUCAUCUGGCUCAGAUCACAAAACUCUUGCUCCGCUUUGGUUGCGCUGAAGGUGAGGAUUUUUUCCAUUGUUGGGUAUUUCGUAGAAAAUUGGUGCUUGGAAUAACAAAGUUGGGAUCCGUGUCUCUUGGUUCUGCAGGACUCUGAUAAAGACGUUCAAAAAAAAAGUGAAGUCAAAAUCUUACAUUGUGAAUUUUUUAUGCUUCCCUUCUUAUCACGCUUUUCGUGAUUUUAAUAAUUUACGAAAACUUUUCAGUCCACGUCAAAGAGACAAAAGUCGCACUGACGGAUUCAGCGGGAGACUUUAUCAAUAUUCGGCUCACGUCUACUCCCACGGAUGGAACUGCGGUACCGUCUGAAAACGCCAACGACAUGACACUUGUGGAUAUUCACAUUCCUGUCCAGGUCAGUAAUCUGAAAUUUGCUUGCACUUUUGUUUUUGAUUAUGAAAAUCCAGUGUAAUUCUCGGAGUCAAGUAAUAAUUCUUCAUUUGAUUCAUGACAAGAGCCGAAAAGUUAGGAUAAAAAAAUCUUUAUUUUUUUCUUAAUUCAUAUAUAACUCUUUUUUUCAGAAAGGAAUUUGUGUUGGAAACACGUCGAUCGGGGAAUCUAACGGAGUCCCUCAUCUGCCGUCCAAGGACAACACCGGGGAAGAAGCCGACGUCGUCAUCUACAAAUUAUAG